AUGGGUGAUUCAUUAAGAGGUACUUUUUUAAAUGGAAUUUUAUGACGGAUAACGAAUGAAUCGUAUCAAACUGUCGUGUUAUUUUUGUUUAGUGUUGUUUGACAUUUCAUCAUGGAAAGACUUAGCCCGGCACAGCGUCUACAAAUUAUUCAACUUUAUUACGAAAAUCAGCAUUCUACUAGAACUGUUUUUCGUAAGCUUAGAGAAACUUAUGGUCCGCAUGAUCGGCCUACCGAACACACAAUUCGCUAUACAAUUGUAAAAUUUGAAACCCGAUUUUCAUUAUUAGAUAACACAUGACCAAAUAGGCCGCAUCCAACACGUAGUGAAGAAAAUAUAGCGGCGGUAGCUGGAAGUGUACGCGAUGGCCGUGAUGAAUCGAUUCGGCGCCGUUUUUAACAGCUUGGCUUGUCGUAUGCAACAACUUAGCGUAUUUUACGUAAGGACCUUGGUUUAAAAGCAUACAAAAUUCAACUCGUCCAAGAAUUAAAGCCGGCCGACCUUCCGAAUCGUCACCGUUUUAGUGAAUGGGUUCUUGAAAAGAUUGAAGAAAAUCCACUGUUUUCGACCAACAUUUUUUUCAGCGAUGAGGGUCAUUUUUGGCUUAAUGGUUACGUCAAUAAGCAAAAUUACCGUAUUUGGGCUGAAGAACAACCCGAAGAGGUUCAUAACCUGUCAUUAUAUCCAAACAAAACAACCGUUUGGUGUGGUUUAUAGGCUGGUGGAAUUAUCGGUCGAUGUUUCUUUAAAAAUGAGGCCAAGCAGAACGUAACUGUGAAUGGCGCUCGCUAUCGCGACAUGAUAACAGACUAUUUGUUGCCUGAAAUUGAAGCUCGUAAUCUCGAUGACAUUUGGUUUCAACAAGACGGUGCUACAUGUCUGACAGCUCGUGAAACUCUGGCUUUAUUGCGAGAACAAUUCGGCGAACAAUUGAUUUCACGAUUCGGACCGAUUAGUUGGCCAGUUUGA